AUGGAGCAGGAACCUCAUGUGAUAUUUAUGAACCCCCAAACAGAAAACUUACAAAAGUUAUAUGAACUCUCUCAAAAACUUUCUGGGGUUUUGCAAGCAAGGAAACAGGAAACCAGAAAUCUUAUUAGACAGAUAGAUACUUUGGCUCGUAAAUCUAACGAAGAAGAAGAGACUAAAGCUUUUAAAAAGGAUCUUCGAGUGUCAGAACUAUUUUUGAAACAACGAGGAAUUGAGUGUGGAAAGAAUGGACCAGUGGAUAAUAUAGACGCUCUUAAAGAGCACAAUAAGAAGCUUACAGACCUUUUAACACAAAAAACCAAGUCUAAUGAGGAAACCGUACAUUUAUUACGAUUCCACGAGGAUUCAUUAAGUAUGGUAGUUAAAAUGCUGAGAGAUGAUGUGUUUAACUAUCAUAUACAGCUGGUUGAAAAGUGUCGAAAAAUCUUCAAUCAACGUGUAUGCGAAGUGGAAGACCAAGAGUUUAGUGCGUAUUUGGAUAACAUUACUAGUCUACAAGAAUUAAUUGAUAUAUCUCGAGCAUACCAAUCUAUUUUGAGGCUAGAAUGA